ACUCGAAGUAAUGGCGAUGACUAUAGCGAAGAGAUUGAAAGUGAAGACGACGACAACGUAUCAUGUAAUGGAAACAGUGAUAUACAGGGUUUGAAAGAAAAGGUUUUGACGUCUUGUUCAUGUGGAAAAAAUUGCUUAGACAGUGUCCCGUUAGAUGAUAUCCAGAGCUCGAUCUUGGCAUUAAGAGAACUUUCAAGAGAGGAAAGAGACAUGUUUAUCAUGGGGAAACUUUCGUGCAAUUCGAAUAGCUGUACACAGAGAGGAAAGGAAAGAAAAAGGAAGAGAUACACAUACUUCUUCAGGAAUAAGGAAAUUUGCAGGGGGUCUUUUCUUUUUGCAUAUGGUGUUGGUUCAAAAUAUGUGAAGAAUAUUGUGUCCCACAUGAACGAAAAUGGGUGCAUACCAAGAACGCACAAAAACAAGAAUAGACGCUCCAGCAAUGCUUUCUGCUUUGAUGACCUGAAAAAUGCAAUAGACUUUAUCCAGAAUUACGCUGAAGAGUUUGGACUCCCUCAGCUCUAUGUGAAAAACCAAGGACAUCCUCACAUCUUUCUGCCGUCAUCUGGUAACAAGUCAUCUCUGCAUUCAACCUACGUCACAUCAUGUACUGAAGCAAACAAACGCCACGUUGGUCUUACAACAUUUAAGCUUCUGUGGAGAGACUGCUGUCCCCAUAUCAAGUAUAUGACUCCACGUUCCGACAUCUGUCCAAAAUGUGAGAAUCAUCGGGCCAACAUAUCUACAGCUGCUGGACAACAGGAAAAACAGGAGCAUCUGCAGGCUUUCACUGAACAUUUGUUAAUGGUGGAGAAAGAGCGUCAGGUGUAUAACAAUGCAGUAAAGAAUGCGAGAAAAGAAAUGGAGCUAAAUCACAAUUAUCUUGUCAAAUUAUUAAAUAAACUACGAGGCUUACAAACCUGUUAUCUGCCGCUUGUCCUCCGAUCCCUCAAUUUCUACUAUAAACUUAAUGAAAACAGUUCAUUGCGAUUCAGAAAUCGUCGCGAACAAAGCGGAAAUUGGAUACACGCGGAAAAAAACCUGAAAUACGGUAUUAUUUGUCGUUUGGUAUCAAACAUUAAUAUUUUCUUUUUUUUAGGUGAAAACAAAAACAGAUAUGUUCUGGGAUAUCUGAUGUGGCGAACUCUCGUGGGCUUGCAUCACGAUAUUCAGCUGUCAAUGCAGGUUCCAUACCAUGGCCGAUGUCUUGUUGAUGCCGGAUUUGCUAACAUAAAGCGGCUGUACCACAGGACGGAUGUAGAUAGCCUUUCCGGUCUUGUUGAGGUGGUUAGGAAAAGCGCCAGAUCAAACUCUCCCGUUACCUACAUCAACGACGCUGGAGAACACAGCUGGGAGUGGUAUGAUUGGAAGUCGUUUACCAGCACGUUCUUCACAAAUGUGAAAGGCAUCCGGAAAAUGCGACAUUUUAGAUUUUCAUCAUUAUCACCGGGAAAACUGUUCGUCAAAAGUCACGCCGAUGACAGUGAACGAGAAAUCACGCUUCUAAAAUCCAGUAUCAGUCCGGAAGACAUAACAACAGGGUCAGUGAUGCCCGACAUUUUACCUCCCGGCGGGAUGACCUCAGAGAGGCAACGUUAUCUGUUCCGUGUUGUUCGCCCUUUUGUACGAGAUCCUUUUAAGGACACUACCUGUCCAGAGGCUGAAGAGUGAUGAAGAUUAUGAUAAAAUGAACGGUUUUAAAUGCAAACAUAAUGUAUUGUUAGGAUUCAUUUAAUGACAUUGAAAGUGUACUAGUAUUUAUUUUCGUUUUCCAACACGUUUGAAUUUUGUUUUAUUGAAUACUAACAUUUUAAACAUUUGAAAAUGUCAAUUAGUUUAGGGAAAUAUAUUUCUUCAGGACAAGAAAUGCCGUUGUUUUAUUUUUGAUGACGUUCUAAUGACAUUGAUAUUCUAUGACGUUAUGCAACGUUUUUAUGACGUUAUCUUGCAUUAGUUAGUGCAUUUCAAAUGCAUUUUAUCUAGUCUUAAACGGAGUAUUUGAUUAAACAUUUGGCAUCAAAAUACUCAGAAAGACGUGCUUAUUAAUAAACCAGCAA